GUUCUCCUUUCUUGAUCGUCACAGAAAGAUGCUUUGAGAAAUGAGUGAUGGAAAUUCACAAAGACGUCUUUCUUUCCCUCUCAGGUUCUUUAUCUUUUUUGACUUACUCAUGGAUUCCAUAGUGAUUCCAUAGUAGGGUUGGAGGGGUGUGCUGGGUGUUCACUUUCUGAUAAUCAAGUUGAUAUUACCCUGGUGCAUCAAAGAUCAAAAAACAAGGAAACAGUUCAGAUUUUUUCUGUUUUGUUCAACCGAAUUCUUCUGUUUUUCAUUCUUAAAUUCUCAUUAAAUAUAUGUGGCCAUGGAAAUGUUGUGGGUUCGACGAAUUCCCCUUUUUUGUACAUAGCUCACACUUACACUAUAUUUAUUGGGCUGCCAUGGCAUAAAUCAACCAGACUGUAUUGUGUGUUCUUGAAGAAGAUUAAGGGGAUAAGGAAUGCUCAAUUGUUGAUUUCAGUUUGAACCAUUUCUUCUCCUUAUUCUUACCCAUGAGGGAACAGUCAGUUCUCGACCCCCUUCUUUCAAGGGAAGAUGUCAAGCCUGGUUUUAAGACACCUUUCUUGGUGUCUCUGGUUAAAUGGGUACUCAAAUUUAUUAUGUUGGUGAUCUUUGUUGCCUGGGUUGUGCUUAUCUUUCUCUACCCAGCUGAAUUCAUGCAGAAAAUCUACGAUAAAUGGAUUCUGGCCACUGAUGGAACCAUAUUUGGAAUUUCAGGAAGUUUAUUUAUGUUAUUCAGUGGCCCAAUUCUUCUUAUUGCAUUAUUGUCAUAUGUGUAUCUAAUUGCUUCUGGGGAAGAGGAACACGAAGAAUAUGUCAAUAAUCGGAAGAAGACUACAUCUCCUAGGUUUCGCUUAUGGACAUUUCCCGUCCUUGUGCAUGGACCAUUCGGGGUUGUUUCUGCUGCUGAAUUUAUUGGAAUUAUCCUGGUUGUAGCAUAUGUUCUCUGGGCUACUUCUGCUUACACCAUACAGAACUUCAAUGCGCUAUCUAAGUUUGAUUUUCCUUCCAAAGAGAGAAGUUUAUUGAUGUUGGAAAUGUCGGGGCUUCGUUUUGGUACAAUUGGGCUAUUUUGCUUAGCAUUCCUGUUUCUACCCAUUGCAAGAGGGUCUAUUAUUCUCCGCUUCAUAGAUAUUCCUUUCGAGCAUGCUACAAAAUAUCAUGUCUGGUUGGGGCAUCUUACGAUGAUGAUCUUUACUUUACAUGGAGCAUGCUAUGUGAUUGCAUGGGCAAUGCAGGGCCGCCUCUUGCAUGAAUUGUUGCAGUGGAUAAAUAUCGGUAUAGCUGUUCUUCCUGGGGUUAUCAGCCUUGCAGCUGGUUUAUUGAUGUGGGUGACAUCACUAUUUCCAGUGAGGAAACAGUUUUUUGAACUGUUCUUCUAUACACAUCAACUAUAUGUUGUGUUUGUCGUCUUCUUAGCUUUGCAUGUUGGAGACUUCAUCUUCUGCAUAGCUGCUGGAGGGAUCUUUCUUUUCCUGCUUGAUCGCUUUCUGAGAUUCUGCCAAUCAAGAAAGACUGUUGAUGUAGUUUCAGCCACAUGUCUUCCAUGUGGAACAGUGGAAUUUGUGAUUUCAAAGCCAAGAAAUUUGCGGUACAACGCUCUCAGUUUUGUCUUCCUUCAAGUGCGGGAAUUAUCUUUGCUGCAGUGGCAUCCUUUUAGUGUUUCCUCUAGUCCUUUGGAUGGUAGUUAUCAUGUUUCAGUUCUCAUUAAGGUUCUUGGGGAAUGGACAAAGAAGCUGAGAGAUAAUAUUUUAGAUAUUCAGGAGGGUGAACGGCCAAGGUUAACAACUUCUGUUGAGGGCCCCUAUGGGCAUGAGUCACCCUAUCACCUAAUGUAUGAAAACCUUAUUUUAGUGGCAGGAGGCAUUGGUAUCUCACCAUUCUUGGCUAUCUUGAGUGAUAUUCUCCACCGUAUCAAGGAGAAGAAACCUUGCCUGCCAAGAAAAGUUUUAGUUAUAUGGGCUGUGAAAAAAUCUAGGGAACUCUCUCUCCUUUCUUCACUUGAUGUUGUGUCAACAAGUCCUUUCACAGAUAAACUGCAGCUUGAGAUUCGAAAGUAUGUUACUCAAGAAUCAGAGGCUCCACUGGAAGAGGGUAAACAAUCUAAGAGCAUUAACUCCUUCAAGAUUGUCAAUGGAAGCAGCAUGUCUGUCUUGGUUGGUACAGGAAAUAAAAAAUGGUCUGGAAUAUAUGUUAUCUUGUCCACCAUUGGUUUUAUCAUCUUAAUGGGUUUGCUGGACUUGUAUUACAUAAAGCCUUUUCAAAUAACUUCAUGGUGGUUCAAAGGACUUCUUCUUGUGGUGGCCAUGAUUGCAAGUGUAGUCAUAUUUGGGGGUCUGGUUGUUGUCUUGUGGAAUCUUUGGGAGAAAAUAAAUUUGGGCCACGAUAAUCACAUGAUUGAUGAUGAAAAGAAUGACAUCCAGCAGACUAGUGAGCCAUUAAUAAAGGAUACUGAUUCUUCUCAGGAAGAACCUAAACUUGCUAGUCUGAGUACCACUUCGUAUGGCCAGCGACCAGACUUCAAAGAAAUUUUUGAAUCCGUUUCUGAAUGCUGGGGUCAUGUCGAUGUUGGUGUCAUUGUAUGCGGUCCCCCAACUCUUCAAGCAAGUGUUGCCAGUGAGUGCAGGUCACAGAACCUAAGAGGAAGGCGCCAUCAAUCACUCUUCCACUUUAACAGCCACAGCUUUGAUCUGUAGCCAAUAUUAAAUCUCUUAUAUAUAUAUAACGUAUUCAGUAGUUCAAAUGCCUUUGAUGUUCACUUGGCAUUGGAACAAUAUGAACUUAAGACUUAUGAUAGGCAUGUCAUAUGUACAAAGGAAAAAAGAUAUGUAUGUAAUGUAAAGGAAAAGUAAUCAUCGUAAGGUAUACACACAUCGGCGCCUGCACUUUGGCGCAGGUGUUCGAAUCCCCUUAUACUCCAUCCUUCUAUAUAGUAAUUAGUAAUAGUAGUAGUUGUAGUUUGAACAAGGAGAUCUACUGGGCCUUUGUCUAUCCCUCAGUGGAUGUUGUACUCUUGUAUGGCCAUAGUGGCCCUUGUACCUUGCACCAAAAAAGUUAAUAAAUAUAUAAACAUCAUCUAUAGUAA